AUGGCAAGUGGUAAUGGUAGUAAUAGGAACCCACUAUCACUAAACACAUCAAGAAAGGUUAUGGUGGUGGCUGAUCCAACACGUGAAUCAGCUGGAGCACUUCAAUAUGCUCUUUGUCAUGCUGUAAUGGAACAAGAUGAAUUGAUUCUAUUGCAUGUUAUUGAGAAUCAAACUUCAUGGCGCAAUACUCUUUCGACGUUCCUUAAAAUGCCUUCGUUGGGAACAUCGUCGACUGCGUCCAUUGACAUUGGAGGAGGAGGAGGUAGUGGUGGUGGAGGAGGAAGCGGAGGUGGAGGAUCUUCCACAGAGGGACAGACCACCUCGGUUGAUUUUCUUGAAGAAAUGAAGAAUGUGUGUAAGGUUUCUCAACCUAAAAUGAAGGUUCGCGUCAUGAAGGUGGAAACUGAUAAUGGAAAAGAUAGGGCUAACACAAUUCUUUUACAUUCUAUUAACGAAGAGGUUGAUGUCGUAGUUAUAGGCCAAAAACGCACGCUUUCAUCGACUUUACUAGGAUAUAAACGGCCAACAGGAGGAUCAUUGAAAGGAGCAAGAAUGUUAGACACGGCGGAGUAUUUGAUCCAUAACACACCGGGAACAUGUACCUGUGUUGCAGUUCAAAGAAAAGCACAAAAUGGUGGCUAUGUUCUCAAUACUAAAACUCAUAGAAACUUUUGGCUUUUAGCCUAA